AUACUGCACCGCACCACGCGCUGUCGGCCAAGCUUAUCUCUUCCCUCUCCCCCUCGCAGCCUCCCACACCACUGAAACUUUUUUUUCUAAAAAAAACCCACCCUCCCCAAUCUCGCCGCUCUCACCCGCAACCUCCGGAUUCCUUCGGCCGAUCCGCAACCUCGCCGUCGCAGCUGCACUCCGGCGACUCCCCUCUGCCAACAUCGUCUUGCGCCAGGCCACGGUACCAGGGAGCACGGGCUGUUCCCCCGCCGCCGCCGCCGAGGACCAUCUGAAAGCGCAGGGGCAAGCACGGCGUUCGAUCCGACCCACAGAAACUCGCCGCCCACGCUAUCGGCAAACAUACAGGUGAUCCUUUGAUGACAGGCGGCAAGGGGGCACAUGGGGGUAGCCGGUUCAUUCGUCACAUGCGGAUGAAGCAUGCCUUGGGGCUCCCAUAUAGCUAUAAGAUGUGGCCCGCAAAGCGGAUGCGCGGCCGGGAUCGUCGUCGUGGUACUUGGUGGGACCGCAAGCGGAACUGCAUAGCCAUCGAAGGAGUGGACUUUGCUCAAGAUACACAGGAAGGGGGUGCAGAUGAAUUUGAGUUGAUACCUGAUUCGGAUGAAGAAGGAGUUGCUAAGGGUUCAUCUUUGCUUGGUGAUGACGAUGAGUACGUACCUGAGACGGAGCCGCAAGAUGUUAUUGUGAGCACAAUUACUGGGCCGUGCGCCAACCAAGGUCGUCAGCGUUUGGGUACUUUGCUUCACGAGUGGAAACGACUUAUUUCGGAUGUCGAGAAUGAGAGUGGCAAGGUGGACAUGGAGAGCGCCAAGGUGCAGAUGGACAGUGUAAAGGUGGAGAUGGAGAGCGACAAGUUGGAGAUGUGUGCCAAGGUGCAAAUGGACAAUGUGAAGUUGGAGAAGGACACUGCCAAGGUGGAGAUGGACAAUCUGAAGUUGGAGAAGGAGAGUGUCAAGGUGGAGAUGGACAGUGUCAAGGCGGAGAUGGAUACUGGCAAGGAGCUGGACCAUAGGGCUAGCUUCUCUGAUAUUGAAACCGAUGAUGAGGCAUGUUGGGUUCAGGAUGGUGUGGACUUGCGAGGCCAUUCGCAGGUGGAAGAUGACGACUUUAAUGAACAGGGGUUGCUGAUAGUCUUCGUCAUCCGAGUCAGACAACUCCUCUUCGUCAAAUAUGAUGUGAACGGCAUCUGUAUACACGCCAAAGUCAUGUAUGACAUCAUCCAAGGUUUUCUUGAUCUUCUAGUGGAUCAUUUAAAUCAAAUGGAUGCCCAGCGCUAUCACCUGGUACAGAAGCAAGGUUUUGUUGUUCUUCGUGUGGAUCAUUUGAAUGAAAUGGAUGCGCAGCAUUGUGACCUGGUAUAGAAGCAAGCUGAUGUUAAUGAGAAUGCAUUGUCAUCGCACACAUGUGAGUUAUUCUCCUAUCUCACUCUAAUUUAAUUUAGAACUUGAAGCAAAAAAAUGAGUUGCAUGCCUUACACACAAAAAUUAACUAACAUUGCUUGUGAUUUUGAGAGGAUACAAAGGAGCAUGUAUACUACUUUAGGACACAGACGAGAACAUCUGCUACACAAGAGUUUUAGGAUGGAGACCAAAGUGAUCAGCUCCUCCAACUUCAACUACAGCCACUACAUCUUCCAAGGGAUUGUGAUCCUCUUCAUGUUCAGCAGGACUCUUGUUGAGAUCAGGCACCUUCUCUCCUUCCUCCUCUGGUAGUGUGUUUAGGUCUAUUGCCAUGGGAAAUGGAUGAGAGGUGAAUGAAUCAAAUGAAGGCAACGAGACGGUUGGUAGGCUUUCAAUGCCACAUGUUUAGAGAAAUGGCGCUGGGGCAAUAGUUUGAAAUUUCAGUUUGCUUUUGCUGUGUAAAAAUGGAGCACAAGAUUUGUUUUGGCGCCAGGUGGAGUUUGCCGCCGAGUGAAAUGCACUUUUUGGUGUCAUCUUUGAUUUGUUUAAGGCCAAAAUCCUGUACUGCAUGUUUAGCUGUGAAAGUGGAUGUGAACUCUGAUUUGUUUAAUGUAACAAAAAGAUUCAGUGGGUGGUGCUUCUCGUGCAUUAAUGGCAUGUCUGUU